UAGGUUGACCAUAUAAUGUUUGUAGCUUAAAAUACAACAUGAGCCAGGUUGAAACUUUUGGGUUUGAUAAAGCCAGGUUGGUUGGGGUUUAUAACAAGGAUGAAUGUGAUGUGUUGGCACCAAUGCAACUCCCCCUGUAUGUGGAUGAGACACUCAUGAUGGUCGUGCAGUUUGAGGACCAAGUGUCAAAGAAGUGGUCAGCUGUUCAUUCGUCCAAGCGAGAAUACAACGAGUUUCUCAGGAAAUAUAAUUCAUUAGAUGUCACGCAACUUAACGAGUCAUGCGGCAUCAACGAACGAGAUUUAUUUGUGUCUCUACCUCAGCUUGUGUCUUGUGUAGGUUGCAGACGAGCGGUCGAAAAUUUGUUUCAACAGGUUCAAAAAAGCGACAACUCUGUUUACGAGUCGAUUAGAGUGACAUCGAGUGGUUGGUUGGAUAUUUCGCCCUCGUUCAAGAACAAUCCGAAAAAGCUAUAUCAUUUAUUCCACUGUGUGCGACCAAAACUGAAAUUAUUUUUGGAAAGUUUACGAAAGAAGAAUAAAAGAUGUUUAUUCCAUUCAUUAAAGCUGCAGAAGUCGACUGAUUUUUCGAUUGAAAACAAACCUAACCUACCAAAGUGGUGCAAUUGUUCAGUAAUUGAUGUUUGGGACCAGAUGUGCCAAGAAUGCCGGGAAGAAAUUACGAUGAUAGAUUGUGCGGGAUUCAUUGAAACUAUGAACCAAUACUUGAAGAAGCAUCGUUUCUGCACUGAAUGUAAAGCAAAGGUUCACAGAGCGUUUCAAAUUCUAACUGGCGAGGUGGAUUAUAGAAAGGAACCCGGGUUCUCCUCUGCUAUUUAUCAAGGUUUAAAAACCUGCAAUGCAACGACUACUAGUGAUGAUUCAUCAACUGAAAGCAAGCAUAUUCAUGUGUGUUGUGAUCGUUCAUAUAUUGUGCAUAUGUUGAUGCAAGCCAACGCUGAAAUGGAAGGUGGAAGGAAAGAAAGGCACGCUAAGACCACGGAUAUAGCACAAGAAGAAGUUUGUACCUGUAUUGCUCUAUAUCUGCAUCAGAGGUUGCAUAGACUGUGGCAUCAGAAGUUAACACAUGAGCAGACAUGGCUUACUUUGUUUUACCUUGGUAUUGAAGCAUGUUGGCAGAACUUUGAAAUGGCUGUGCAAGAUAAGAUCGGUAUCGGACGUAUGGAAGCUCUGUGUGAAGAACUGGAGAUGGAGGAGAAAGUGAAAGAAAGCAAGCUUGAAAAGAAGAGAAUGAAGAGGAAAAGGCAGAAGAAGAAAAAAGAGAAUAAACCAAGUGAUUGUGUUGCAGUUAGUGAAGAAGUUUGUAGAGUAGAGCACGGGAAUGUCGUGAAGAAAUGUGCAGAGCAUGGGAGUGGAGAAUCACUUGCAACAUUCCAUUCAUGCUUGUUGGAUAUGCUGGAAGAUGACGAAAGUUGUGAAUGUUCACAAAAUGGGACUUCCGAUAAUGAAAGCCCUCCGGAACUAACACAAGAAGAAAUAGAAGAGUUUGAACGAAAUCGAACGGAGAUUGAAGCGGAAAGAUUUCGGCUAAGAGAAAGAUUUCGACAAGACUUUCAAAAAUUUGUUGGUGCCGCUAAUAACGAACAAUAAUUUGACAUUUUGUAAUUUAAAAUAUUCUGUGCUUUUAAGUUUUUUGGGGGUUUAGUUUAAUUGUUACUAAUCCAUAUUGCAAAGUGCGUGUAGUAAUAAGUUCACCAAUUUCAUGCUAACCCAUAAGUUAAUCCCGUUAGA